AUGAUCGGAUCGGAUCUGUUCCCAAGGCUAUUUGGCAAAGGUGGAUUGGGUUCCUAUAGGUGUAUCUUAUCACCGUGCGUGUUGCUCGCUCUUUGGCAGGCAUUACCCCGCCCCACCCUCCAGCAACAACAACAACAAAAAAAGGACAUGAGUGGGGCAACUAGCGCUGAGGCGCUGGGAGCCAACGGGCUAGAGGCUGCGCCUUACAGCGGCUGGCUCAUGGUGAAGUUCAAGGGCCGCUUUUCUAAAAAACAAAAGUUUUUUCUCAAGUCAUCGGCCCGAAGCAUCGAGGCCUUUGUGCGCGAUAGUGCUCAAGGCGGCGAGCUGGUUCUUGUUAGCGCGCUGGUGGCCCCGACAGCUGGCUUUCGGGCGCAACGCAAGGGGCGCAGCGCCGACGGGCCGUCGCGGCUCGUGGUCCGGGGCCGGAAUGCUCAAUGGCGCAUUACAGGCGAUCAUGCUGAGCUUGAUGCCCUUCAUGCCAGCCUUCGCGCUACCGAUGCCCCGCUGGAGGCCGAGAUGAAUGCCACAGAUGGAGAUUCCCCGAUCGCUAUUGCCGGUACUGAAGCCGAAGAAGUGACGCCAGAGCAAAUUACUACUUUGCUGCAUGGUGGCCUUGAUCAUGGCCUGCGUGCACCACAAACCGCACUCGCCCUAUUCAUCUCCUCCACCUUCACUGAUACCGAGCAUGAGCGGAAUGGCAUGAUCGGCCAGCUCCCGGCGCUCAAGGCGCUAGCCCGCAGUCUGAGCCUGGACCUUGAAUUCUCCGAGAUGCGAUGGGGCGUUACCCCCAUCCUUUCUGCCCAUCACCAGACUACCGCACUCUGUCUUCAGGAGCUGCGUCGCUGUCAAGCUAAAUCUCCCUCACUCAAUUUUGUGAGCUUGUUGGGAGAUAAGUACGGCUUUCGCCCCUUUCCCAAUCUCAUUGCUGCCUCCGACUUUGAGCGGCUGGUUCCUCUUGUGCGCUCGAGUACAACCCAGGAAUUGCUGCGCGCAUGGUUUCGAGAAGAUGCCAACGCAGUCCCUGCCAUGAUGGUGCUAUUGCCCAUUCAUGAGCGCCUGCCUGAGUAUCUUGGCAGUCAAGACGCCGCAGCCCGACGCGCUGCGUCCAACGCCUGGUGGGCUCAGUUUGAAGAGAUGCAGGGUGCACUGCGUCAGGCUGCCCUUGAUCUUCAAACUCAGGAUGAAACUUUCAACGCCCGCCCCUUUCUCAUCUCCGUCACGGAAGAUGAGGUGCAGACGCAGCUUGAGGAAACAGCCGAUGCUGGGCAAUGCAGCGUCUGGUAUCGCCGUUGCUUCUCUGAUCUGGCGCAGGUGCCUCCUUCAGAUCGCUGCCUCAAGCGCUAUGUUGACAUGACUGCCGAUGGUCGCGACCACGAUGCCCAGACCUUGUUGGCUGGGUUGCACCAGCGCAUGAUGGCAGCGCUGCCCCAUAUUCAUACUUAUCCGCUCACUUACCACCCGGAUGAAGGUGUGCAUCCUGCUCAGCCAGCCCACCAGCAAUACCUGGAGCAGCUCUGCACCGACUUUGAACAGCUUGUCACCGGUGCUCUGCACCAACUCAACAAGUCCAUUGCCCCACACCAGCGAGACCCUCUCUUGUUAGAAGUGGCAGCCCAUUUGCAAUUUGCCGCACGUCGUGGCGUCAACCUGGUGGGCCGUGACACUGAACUUCAGAGUAUCAAGGCCUUCCUGACUGCGCCCAGUCACGGACCCCUCGUGGUGGUCGGUGACUCUGGUUCGGGGAAAACUUCAGUCAUGGCCAAUGCUGUAGCCUCGGCAGCCGUGGAGCGGGAGAGCGGUACAAUGGUCAUUGCUCGGUUCGUGGGCGUAACACCUGCGUCGCGCACCGCACAGAGCCUCAUGCACUCGAUCUGCGAACAAAUUAUGAGGACGGGCCGAUGGGCACCCAAGGGUGAAGGCAACGCCCCCGAGGCCUUGGAAAGUUCCUCAGCCGAAACCCCUCUCAUUGUGGCUAUUGAUUCUCUCGACCAGCUCUCAGAGAGCUCAAACGGUCGCAGCCUGGCCUGGCUACCCAUUGUCUUGCCUCCCCACACCCACUUGAUUGUGUCUACGCUCCCACAGGCGCAGUACAAGUGUCUCCCCAGCCUGGAAAGUGCAGCAGCACGGGCACGUGCCUCCAACACAGAAUUUGAGCUGCAGAAGCUCACCGUCCUACCACUCAACGCCACGCAAUGUCUGGAGGCCUGCAUCAUCUGGCUUCGCAUGGAGCAACGAUGCAUCUCCGAGGCUCAGCGAGCUCGCUUGCAAGCUGCUUUUGAACAACUCUCUACGCCCUUGUAUAUGCGGGUGGCAUUGCAGCUGGCACGCCAUUGGUUCAGUUACACCGAGGUGGCCGCCUUGCCCGCGACAGCACGCGAUGCCAUCAACGUACUCUUUGAGGAGUUUGAAAAGGAGCAGGGUGAAAUUGUUGUUCGGCGGUUGGUGGGUUACUUUACUGCCACUGUGGGUGGUGUGAGCAGUGGUGAAAUGCUGGAUGUCUUGAGUUGCGAUGAUGAAGUGCUCAACCAUGUCUUUGAGUGGUGGCUCCCACCCCGCCGCCUGUUUCCUCCAUUGAUUUGGACUCGCUUCCGCACACUUUUUGCUCCGUUUUUGACCAGCAGCACGGUUGAUGGUGCGGAAAUGAUCUCGUGGCAUCAUCGCCAAUUUUGGGAGGCAGCCGAGGCACGAUACCUUGCCACAGCUGAAGAUCGCCGACUGUGCCAUGCUGCGUGGGCCGACUACUUUUGUGGUCACUGGCAUGGUCGUCCCAAGCCUUUUCAUUAUACCCAAGCACAGCUCAGUCGUUUUGAAGAGACCAUCGUGGAGACCGAGGGCUCGGAUCGGUUCGAUGCGUAUAAGCAAGGCGUAGCUGCCGAACAGUUUCGUGAUGUCCUUGAUCAACCCAUCUUCUGGCCUCAAAAUGGCACACCUAAUCGUCGUCGAGCUACUCAACAGGCCCAUCAUCUGCUGGCCGCUGGUCGAUUCGAGGAAGUUGCUCGUGACAUUCUGCUCAAUUUUGAAGCCCUACAGGCCAAAGUCCAGGCUCAGUCCGUCUGGGACGUCUUGCGCGAGGCUGAACUGGUACUGGCCGAGUCACUUGACGCUGGACUGAAACGCAGCGUGCAGCUCUUGCUCGAGUUCUUGACGCUCAAGUCCGUGGACCUCAAUUCGUCGCCACGCACAUUGCCCGGGUUGCUUCACAAUCACAUUGGUUUGAAGCAGUUGCAAGAGCGCGGCGAAACGGUCAUGGAGAUGGCUCGCUUGCUGCAAGCGGCUGCCACCUAUGCUCGCGAGCAUCAGCUGCUACUGCCCAAUUAUGCGGCGGGAACACUUGUGGGCGGACCGCUGCAUCAGGUCUUCCCACUUCCCUUCUCCAAACGCCAGUCCGUCCCUGUUACUUCAAUCCGCCUAUCCAGCUCGCGCGACACACUGUACGCAAGUUACAACAACAAGUUUUCCACCUUCGAUCUAGCUUCUGGAGCACUUGUGGGCGAACUUGAGCUCUUCCGGCAUGCUCGAUGCCAAUUGUGCGAGCCACAGCAGCGAGUCAUCAUGUCACACCACAACAUUCAUGUUGAGGGGCAGGGUUACCAGCGACUUGAAUCUGGGCGCAUCGUUUGCCUCGAGCUAGCCACUGGGCGCGAGUGCUGGGCCCGUGAGUUGGCACAGUUUCACGAACUCGUUGGUGUCAACGAGCAGGCUGGGCAAGUCAUCUUUCAGGACGGCCAGCGCAUCGUGUUUGUGCAGAUUGAAGAUGCCCAGGAAAUAGUCUCCCAAGAUCUGGAUGAGGAGCAAAAGCUGACUGCUGUGGCUUGCAACGAUGACGGCACGUUCUUGAGCAUGGCUCUUGAAACUCCGGUGGCUGAUGGCGAUGACGCCCUUCCCUCGACCGCCGUGUCGGUACUGCAGCUGCAGCAGCACAGCGUAAUUCUUAACCUCGUACUGACAGACUCAGUCAAGUCAUUGGCCUUUGCAGACCAGGAUCGAAUUUUGUGCAUAGCUACCUCUGCCGGCUGGCGUGCGGUGGAGGUAGCGAGCGGAGCUACUGUGUCGUCAUCUUCGACGGGCGCGCUCAAGGCGCUUGUGGGCUCGCAGUCUCAUUUGUGUGGUCUGCUACGCAAUAACAAGGCCUGCUUAGCCGACGUUCGCACUGGUCAGGAAGUGCGUCAAUUUCAGUGCGGUAUGAUGCCAGUGACAGCCAUGAACCUUUUGAGUGACCCUUUCCUUUGUACGACCGCGGGGUAUGAUGGCCAGGUGCGCUUUUGGCUGAAUCGCGACGAGCUUGCGCUUGAUCCUACACUACACCACAACGAGAUGCCACGCAAACUGUUCCACACGCAACACCAUCUCAUUUCAUGGGCCAGUGAGCCAUGCAUCAAAGCGUGGUCCCGCCCUGGGCUGGCACACUAUACUGAUCUCAAGCUCGCAGAAGCCCCCGCCGAUGCAUGCGCAUUGCCCAACGAUCAAGUCUUGGUUGCGAUUCGGGACAAUUUGUUAAUUUGGGAUUUGCCAACUAAGAACUGUGUCUACCAGCGCGCGAUGCCCCGCCAAGUGGCGUCACUGUCCGCGCAGAUCAGGCCAGCUGAAGCUGCCGGGGCCGAGGGUCCCGAAGGACAAGUUAUUGUCAUUGUGUCUUUUCGCCAGGGCGAAGGCGGAGCGCAAGUCUGGGACCUAGCUGCCGAAAUGGCUGUGCAAGAGCAUUUGCAAAAGGUAAACCCCUUACAGCUGAAGCAAGCCAACGCCGACGAAGUGGCUGCACUGCCAUUGCCCGAAACAGAAAACGGACGGCCUGCUUUGGCGCCUGCCUUGGUGGAGCGAGCGACACAAGAUCCAUGGUUGCGACAUGCGUGCUUUGCCAAGGAUCGUUUGAACAUCAGUCAGUGGUGCACGGCACACUUUCCGCAUCUUCUGGCCGACCUUGACACAAGCCGAGCGGAGGUAGCCGUCAACAAUCGGCAUGCUGUCAUGGCCGACAGAAGCGGCCACAUCGUGGUACAUGGCUGGGACCUCGAGGCUCCUGUGACUGGAACCCACCCCUUCACAAAUGCCCAUGAAACUUACAAUUCACUUCGGGUGCAGGUGAACGAUCGCGUCGUUGUGCUGACGUACAUCAAUGCAGUGCUGAUCUACGACCUGUAUUCGUUAGCCCUCUUGCGGGAGACAAAAACCGAAGGCCCCUACAUCGUGGGCGUCGACGCCUGUGGUCCCGAUCUAUUUGUCUUGCAAUUCCUGGGAGGUAUCGUCUCUGUGAUGAAUGAGGAGGGCGAAAUCCUCCUGACCGAGGCAUCUCCAUCGGGCCUUCCCUUUGAUUUUCAGAUAGCCGGACCCUUCCUGGUGGGCCGCCAGCUUCGUCGGGCGGCAGUUUUUGAGCGCUCAUCGACAGGACAAUUUCGCGAGGUGGCUGAUUUCUUGGCAGGGGGCUGGUUGCCUGUCUUUGAGGCCAUGUGGGUGGAGGCGGAGGCUGAGAAGAACGACGAGCAAGUCGCUAAAUUGGAGGUGUUCACAAUUACGGUGGAGGGUCAAGUUAUCCCGCUGACGCUAUUGGCGCCCGCCAAUGAGAAUGCGACCGCUGUUUCGAUGGCUUGA